GACUGGUCCAGGCUUCCCUUUGGCUCAGAUACUGCCUCUGCGAGGUCCCCUCCAGGAAGCCUCCAGUGCAUAACCCCCAGGGCUGCCACAGCCCUGGUAGCAUCUCCUUGGCAGCUGGGUGGGCUGGCCCUGGGCAAGGAGGGCUGAGCAUGCUGCUGGCCUGUGGGGUUGGAGCAGCGGCGGGAUGCAACCUCCCUUUCUUCAGGGGACCUUUUUGGCGAGGACAAACUGUCCAUAGGAAGUCGACCUCUGUUCCCUUGGGGGCAGCAGUGGAAGAGGCAGCUGCUUUUGAGCUUGUCCCUGUCCCCAGAGAAGCCUGAGGCCUUCAGUGCCGUUGCCAGGGCCGAGGCUGAGGAGUCUACAGCGUGUGUUCAGGACUGAGGGCCAGGGACGGGCCACAGGCUCCCUGCCUGGGGUCCAAGCCUAGAUUGCUCGCUCCCCACCCGCACCAAAGCCCAGGCAAAGGGUGCUUCAGCCACUUCCUGUUGCAGGCUCAGACCAAGUCCCCUGGCACCCACGCGACUGCAGCCUCCUCCUGUGCGCUGCAGCCACGCUGGCCCCACCCUCUGCAGCCUCCAAUCCUGAACCCCUGAGGGAGGAUGGGGAAGCGGCUGGUCUGGCCACCCCUGCCAGAGCCCCCAGUACCUCCAGAGCCCCCAGUGUAGCCACAGAGGAUGCUGUUGGCUUCAGCCCCAAGAAGACACCGCUUCCUCCAGAGAGCUAAGUGUUGUGACUGCAGUGCCUCCCUGUCGCACCAGUACUAUGAGAAGGAUGGGCAGCUCUUCUGCAAGAAGGACUACUGGGCCCGCUAUGGCGAGUCCUGCCAUGGGUGCUCGGAGCAAAUCACCAAGGGACUGGUUAUGGUGGCUGGGGAGCUGAAGUACCACCCCGAGUGUUUCAUCUGCCUCACAUGUGGGACCUUUAUCGGUGACGGGGACACCUACACGCUGGUGGAGCACUCCAAGCUGUACUGCGGGCACUGCUACUACCAGACUGUGGUGACCCCCGUCAUCGAGCAGAUCCUGCCUGACUCCCCCGGCUCCCACCUGCCCCACACCGUCACCCUAGUGUCCAUCCCAGCCUCAUCUCAUGGCAAGCGUGGACUUUCAGUCUCCAUCGACCCCCCGCAUGGCCCACCAGGCUGUGGCACUGAGCACUCACACACCGUCCGCGUCCAGGGAGUGGAUCCGGGCUGCAUGAGCCCAGAUGUGAAGAAUUCCAUCCACGUCGGAGACCGGAUCUUGGAAAUCAAUGGCACGCCCAUCCGAAAUGUGCCCCUGGAUGAGAUUGACCUGCUGAUUCAGGAAACCAGCCGCCUGCUCCAGCUGACCCUCGAGCAUGACCCUCACGAUACACUGGGCCACGGGCUGGGGCCUGAGACCAGCCCCCUGAGCUCUCCGGCUUAUACUCCCAGCGGGGAGGCGGGCAGCUCUGCCCGGCAGAAACCUGUCUUGAGGAGCUGCAGCAUCGACAGGUCUCCGGGUGCCGGCUCACUGGGCUCCCCAGCCUCCCAGCGCAAGGACCUGGGUCGCUCUGAGUCCCUCCGCGUAGUCUGCCGGUCACACCGCAUCUUCCGGCCGUCGGACCUCAUCCACGGGGAGGUGCUGGGCAAGGGCUGCUUCGGCCAGGCUAUCAAGGUGACACACUGUGAGACAGGUGAGGUGAUGGUGAUGAAGGAGCUGAUCCGGUUUGACGAGGAGACCCAGAGGACGUUCCUCAAGGAGGUGAAAGUCAUGCGAUGCCUGGAACACCCCAACGUGCUCAAGUUCAUCGGGGUGCUCUACAAGGACAAGAGGCUCAACUUCAUCACUGAGUACAUCAAGGGUGGCACGCUCCGGGGCAUCAUCAAGAGCAUGGACAGCCAGUACCCAUGGAGCCAGAGAGUGAGCUUUGCCAAGGACAUCGCGUCAGGGAUGGCCUACCUCCACUCCAUGAACAUUAUCCACCGAGACCUCAACUCCCACAACUGCCUGGUCCGAGAGAACAAGAAUGUGGUGGUGGCUGACUUCGGGCUGGCGCGGCUCAUGGUGGACGAGAAGACUCAUUCUGAGGACCUGCGGAGCCUCAAGAAGCCAGACCGCAAGAAGCGCUACACCGUGGUGGGCAACCCCUACUGGAUGGCGCCCGAGAUGAUCAACGGCCGCAGCUAUGAUGAAAAGGUGGAUGUGUUCUCCUUUGGGAUCGUCCUGUGUGAGAUCAUCGGGCGGGUGAACGCAGACCCUGACUACCUGCCGCGCACCAUGGACUUCGGCCUCAACGUGCGAGGGUUCCUGGACCGCUACUGCCCCCCAAACUGCCCCCCGAGCUUCUUCCCCAUCACCGUGCGUUGUUGCGAUCUGGACCCCGAGAAGAGGCCGUCCUUCGUGAAGCUGGAACACUGGCUGGAGACCCUCCGCAUGCACCUGGCCGGCCACCUGCCACUGGGCCCACAGCUGGAGCAGCUGGACAGAGGUUUCUGGGAGACCUACCGGCGCGGCGAGAGCGGACUGCCUGCCCACCCUGAGGUCCCCGACUGAGCCAGGGCCACUCAGCCGCCCCGUCCCCACCUCCGGAGAAUCCACCCCCACCAGAUUCCUCCGCGGGAGGUGGCCCUCAGCUGGGACAGUGGGGACCCAGGCUUCUCCUCAGAGCCAGGCCCUGACUUGCCUUCUCCCACCCCGUGGACCGCUUCCCCUGCCUUCUCUCUGCCGUGGCCCAGAGCCGGCCCAGCUGCACACACACACCAUGCUCUUGCCCUGCUGUAACCUCUGUCUUGGCAGGGCUGUCCCCUCUCGCUUCUCCUUGCAUGAGCUGGAGGGCCCGUGUGAGUUACGCCCCUUUCCACACGCCGCUGCCCCAGCAACCCUGUGCACGCUCCACCUGUCUGGUCCAUAGCUCCCUGGAGGCUGGGCCAGGAGGCAGCCUCUGAACCAUGCCCCAUAUAACGCUUGGGUGCAUGGGAGGGCGCACAUCAGGGCAGAGGCCAAGUUCCCAGGUGUCUGUGUUCCCAGGAACCAAAUGGGGAGUCUGGGGCCCGUUUUCCCCCUAGGGGGUGUCUAGGUAGCAACAGGUAUCAAGGACUCUCCAAACCCCCAAAGCAGAGAGAGGGCUGAUCCCCUGGGGUGGAGGUCCCCGAUGGCUGAGCAAACAGCCCCUUCUCUCGCUUUGGGUCUUUUUUUUUUGUUUCUUUCUUAAAGCCACUUUAGUGAGAAGCAGGUACCAAGCCUCAGGGUGAAGGGGGUCCCUUGAGGGAGCGUGGAGCUGUGGUGCCCAGGCCGGCGCUGAUGGGGAGGAGCCGGCUCGGGCAGCGAGAGGAUAGGCACCGUGGACGGGGCAGGUGUCCACCAGCAGCUCAGCCCCUGCAGUCAUCUCAGAGCCCCUUCCCGGGCCUCUCCCCCGAGGCUCCCUGCCCCUCCUCAUGCCUCUCUGUCCUCUGCGUUUUUUCUGUGUAAUCUAUUUUUUAAGAAGAGUUUGUAUUAUUUUUUCAUACGGCUGCAGCAGCAGCUGCCAGGGGCUUGGGAUUUUAUUUUUGUGGCGGGCGGGGGUGGGAGGGCCAUUUUGUCACUUUGCCUCAGUUGAGCAUCUAGGAAGUAUUAAAACUGUGAAGCUUUCUCAGUGCACUUUGAACCUGGAAAACAAUCCCGACAGGCCCAUAGGACCAUGACUUAGGGAGGUGGGACCCACCCACCCCCAUCCAGGAACCAUGACGUCCAAGGAACCAAACCCAGACGCAGAACAAUAAAAUAAAUUCCAUACUCCCCACCCA